UUGUAAUAUAAUGGUGCAGCAGAAAGCUGUAGCUGCCCCUCUGCAUGCAAGGUCGAACUGUAAUUAAAAGCAAAGGAAGUGUCCACUUGAGUAAAUUCAGUGCACAGGGAUCUUCUAUAAAGAACAUGAUGCUGGGGUUUCAUAUCAUCACUUCAGCUCUGGUGCCUGAUAGCUAGAGCUUGCUAUAGGCAUAUAGCCAUGGCAGCAGUACGCGUGGUUCUUUUGCUGGGAGUUUUUCUAUUCUGCCUUACUGAGGUUUCAUCUGAUAUCAUGACUGAAGAACAAUUACCUCAUCUUGGGCAGGCAAAGAAAACAAAAAUCCAUGCCCUUUUUCUUUUUGCUUGUUGUGAGAGGUGGAAGCAGAAGGCUAAUGCAAGACAUAGACUGUGGAGGGUUGUGCAAGCAGAGGUGCAGCGUUCACUCGAGGCCAAAGAUUUGCAGCAGGGCUUGCGGUACGUGCUGUGUGAGAUGCAAGUGUGUGCCACCUGGCACUUCUGGGAACAGAGAACUCUGUGGCAAGUGCUACACUGACAUGACCACCCAUGGCAACAAAACCAAGUGCCCCUAAGCUUAAGCUUAGUGGGCAAUUAAGCUUAAGCUUAAAGGAAUAAGAAGAAGAAAGAUGGGAGCUAGAUGAUCUGUAGAAGAUUUGGUAUUAGUUUAUGGUAUUAUCCUCACAAUUACCCACCAUUUGUUUUUUCUUCUUAAAUUAAGGUCUUCAUUUUCGCAUGGAUCAUUGAAUUAAUAUGAUGUAAACCAAAUGGAGCAGAGUUUGAAACCAAUUUUA